ACCGCCACCCUCCGAAUUCUUCCUGUUACGUUUCCCACGGCUGUGUUUUGGACGAAAACUGAGUAACCAGUAUUUAGCAACUAGUUAAGCUGGUCAAGGAACGUCGUUCGUCCUCUGUGGGAUUUUAGCGUUGACGGUUCGUGCAAGCAGAUUUUAAGGCCAGUAAUCAUGACGGACUCCAAAUAUUUCACAACAAACAAAAAAGGUGAGAUCUUUGAGCUGAAGGCAGAACUGAACAAUGAGAAAAAAGAGAAGCGAAAGGAGGCAGUAAAGAAGGUCAUUGCUGCCAUGACUGUGGGCAAGGAUGUGAGCUCUUUGUUCCCAGAUGUGGUUAAUUGCAUGCAGACUGACAACCUGGAGCUUAAGAAGCUGGUCUACCUCUACUUGAUGAAUUAUGCCAAGAGCCAACCAGACAUGGCCAUCAUGGCUGUCAAUAGCUUUGUCAAGGAUUGUGAAGACCCUAACCCACUGAUUCGAGCUCUGGCUGUGCGCACCAUGGGCUGCAUUCGAGUGGACAAGAUCACUGAAUACCUGUGUGAGCCGCUAAGAAAGUGUCUGAAGGAUGAGGACCCCUAUGUCAGAAAGACAGCAGCGGUUUGUGUGGCCAAGCUUCAUGACAUUAAUGCCCAGAUGGUGGAGGACCAGGGCUUCCUGGAUUCCCUAAGGGACCUCAUUGCUGACUCGAAUCCCAUGGUUGUUGCCAAUGCGGUGGCUGCACUGUCAGAGAUUAGCGAGUCGCAUCCUAACAGCAAUCUGCUAGACCUUAACCCCCAGAACAUCAACAAGCUGCUGACAGCCCUCAAUGAGUGCACAGAGUGGGGGCAGAUUUUCAUCCUAGACUGCCUGUCUAACUACAAUCCUAAGGAUGACCGAGAGGCCCAAAGCAUCUGUGAGCGUGUCACCCCCCGGCUUUCCCAUGCGAACUCAGCAGUGGUGCUUUCAGCUGUCAAGGUGCUGAUGAAGUUCUUGGAGCUUCUGCCGAAGGAGUCAGAUUACUACAACACCCUGAUGAAGAAACUGUCCCCACCACUGGUCACAUUACUCUCUGGGGAGCCCGAGGUCCAGUAUGUGGCGCUGAGGAACAUCAACCUCAUCGUCCAGAAAAGGCCUGAGAUCCUGAAGCAGGAGAUCAAGGUGUUCUUUGUCAAAUACAAUGACCCGAUCUAUGUGAAACUGGAGAAACUGGACAUCAUGAUCCGCCUGGCCUCCCAGGCCAACAUUGCCCAGGUUCUGGCUGAACUGAAGGAAUAUGCUACAGAAGUGGAUGUUGACUUUGUUCGUAAGGCUGUCAGAGCCAUUGGACGCUGUGCCAUCAAAGUUGAGCAAUCAGCUGAGCGCUGUGUCAGCACCCUGCUGGAUCUGAUCCAAACCAAGGUCAACUAUGUGGUUCAGGAAGCCAUUGUGGUUAUCAGGGACAUCUUCCGCAAGUAUCCUAACAAAUAUGAGAGCAUCAUAGCCACACUGUGUGAGAACCUGGAUUCGCUGGAUGAACCUGAUGCACGUGCCGCUAUGAUAUGGAUUGUUGGCGAGUAUGCCGAAAGAAUUGAUAAUGCGGACGAGCUGCUAGAGAGCUUUCUUGAAGGCUUCCAUGAUGAAAGCACCCAAGUCCAGCUCACCUUACUCACUGCCAUUGUGAAGCUAUUUCUUAAGAAGCCAUCUGAGACCCAAGAGCUGGUGCAGCAGGUCCUCAGCCUGGCUACUCAGGACUCAGAUAACCCUGACCUGCGUGACAGGGGUUACAUCUAUUGGCGCCUGCUGUCCACUGAUCCGGUGACAGCCAAGGAGGUGGUCCUGUCGGAGAAGCCCCUCAUCUCUGAGGAGACAGACUUGAUUGAGCCCACCCUGCUUGAUGAACUCAUCUGCCACAUUGGCUCACUGGCCUCUGUGUAUCACAAACCCCCCAACGCCUUUGUAGAAGGCAGCCAUGGCAUCCAUCGCAAACACCUGCCCAUCCAGCACAGCAGCAUUGAACCAGGCGAGAGCCCUGUGACUAGUGGGCCAACUGCCCCCAUGGAUCAGCCACAUGUCAUUCCCAGCCAAGGGGACCUUCUCGGGGAUCUGCUAAACCUGGACCUGGGCCCUCCAGUCAAUGUCCCCCAGGUAUCAUCUAUGCAGAUGGGUGCUGUAGACCUGCUAGGAGGAGGGCUGGACAGCUUGCUUGGGGGAGACCUAGGCGGAGGUGUUGGGGGAAGUCCUGCAGUGGGACAGAACUUCAUCCCCUCAUCUGUCCCCAAUACAUUUGCUCCAUCACCAACACCAGCACCUGCGGCUCUCAGCAGCGGUCUAAAUGACCUGUUUGAGCUUUCCACAGGCAUGGCCAUCACCACUGGAGGCUAUGUGGCCCCUAAAACAGUCUGGCUGCCCGCUGUGAAGGCCAAAGGGCUGGAGAUUUCUGGAACCUUCUCUCGCCGCCAGGGCCACAUGUAUAUGGACAUGACCUUUACCAACAAAGCACUGCAACACAUGACUGACUUCGCCAUCCAAUUCAACAAAAACAGGUCAGAGAGGCAAGAUGGCAGAUAUGAAGGUUUUGGUGUAAUCCCCACCAGCCCUCUGCCCAUUCACACUGCACUGAUGCCAAGCCAGAGCAUUGACGUCUCCCUCCCUCUCAACACCAUUGGGCCAGUCAUGAAAAUGGACCCACUCAAUAACUUGCAGGUGGCUGUGAAGAACAACAUAGAUGUCUUCUACUUUAGCGGGCUGAUCCCUCUCAACAUAUUCUUUGUUGAGGAAGGAAAAAUGGAGCGGCAGGUGUUCCUUGCUACCUGGAAAGACAUCCCUAAUGAGAAUGAGCUGCAGUACCAGAUAAAGGACUGCCACCUCAAUGCAGACACAGUAUCAGGAAAGCUGCAAAACAAUAACAUCUACACCAUUGCCAAAAGAAAUGUGGAGGGACAAGACAUGCUCUACCAGUCUCUCAAACUCACCAAUGGAAUUUGGAUCUUGGCUGAGCUCCGGAUUCAGCCUGGUAACCCCAACUAUACGCUGUCAUUAAAAUGCCGGGCUCCUGAGGUGUCUCAGUAUGUUUACCAGGUGUAUGACUCAGUCCUGAAGAACUGAAGUUUGCUCUGUUCCUCUGUGUACCUCUCAACCCAUCUUUUUUUUUCAUGAAGACAAAUGGCAGUACAUAGUAUUUGCUUCCAUGUACAAAUAACUGCCAAACAAUGGAAACACCACAUUCUGCAAGGGAUACACAUCAUUUUGAAAGAAAGCUGGGUGCAUUUACCUUAGUUUAACCUCACUCAGUCCGUUCACAGGCAAUGCAAAUACAAGUAAACACAAGGCCAUGCAGUGAUCGCCAACAUAUUGUAUAUCAAAAGGGUUUUCUACACUGAGAGUUUUCUUGUUGGAUGCAAGUGAGUAGAUUGAGGUAUUCUUGAGUGGUCGCUCAAUGACUUAAU